UGAGAACUGACUGGAGAACCUUGCUGAGCAUUUGGCUUCACCAUGUCUUCUAACGAGAAUGACGUUAAGGAUGCUCCCUCAAAGAGUGGGGAGCAGGAGCAACAGAACUUGGUGAGCAGAGUGGCCAGCCUGCCCAUGGUCAGUGCUGCUUACGACAUGGUCUCCACCACUUACACGUCCAUCAAAGAGACCCACCCAGUCAUCAGAUCCAUCUGUGAUGUGGCAGAGACUGGAGUGAGGACCAUCACCUCUGCCACAAUCAGUGGGGCCCAGCCCAUCCUGGACCAGCAGGCACCUCAGGUCUCAACAGCCAGUGACUAUGCCUGCGAGAGCCUGGACAAACUGGAGGAGAAGCUGCCUGUCCUCCAACAGCCAGAUGACAAGGUGGCCUCUGAUGCCGAACAGCUAGUAUCAUCAACACUCACCUGUGCCAAGGAUGCCGUCUGCAGCACGGACACUGGAGUGAAGGAUGCAGUGACCAGCAUGGUGGGUGUGGCCGAAGGGGCUGUCCAGGAGAGCGUGGAGGUGACCAAAUCUGCCGUGACCAGCAGCGUGAGCACAGUGGUGGGCUCCAGCAUGGGACAGACGAUCCUGAGCGGUGUUGACUUGGUACUUGAGACGUCAGAGUCGUUGGUGGAUCACUACCUCCCAAUGACAGAUGAGGAACUUGCUAAACUUGCAGUGUCCCUGGAGGGGCCAGGAGAGGCUCCUGUUGAGCAGCAGAGUUACUACGUGCGUCUGGGUUCCCUUUCGAGCACGCUGCGCCAGCGAGCCUACCAGCACGCCCUGGGCAAGAUGAGACAAGCCAGGCAGCGCACUCUGGAGGCCCUCUCCCAGCUCCAGCUAACCAUUGACCUGAUGGAACGUGCCAAGCAGGCCGUGGAUCAGAAGGCCCAUGAUGGGCAGGAGAAACUGCAGAAGAUGUGGCUGGAGUGGCGCAAGGGCCAGCCAGGAGGCAGUGAGGACAAUGGCUCACCGCAGCCAGAGGAGAUGGUGUCCCAGGCUCUAGCCACUUCCCAUAACCUCAUCCUGCAGGUGCAGACUGCCUGCCAUAGCCUCCUGCCCAACAUCCAGGGUCUCCCUGCCACUCUCCAGGAGAAGAUUCAGCAAGCCUAUGAGAACAUGGGAGAGCUCCAGACUUCCUUCUCCAAUGUCCAGUCCUUCCAGGAGCUGUCUGAGGGUAUCCUGACCCAGACCCAGGAGAAGGUGACCAAAGCCCAGGAGUCCCUGGAUGAGCUGCUGGAAUACGUGAUGCAGAACGUUCCCCUCACAUGGAUUGUGGGACCCUUUGCUCCUGCUGGAGACUCUACUGAGAAGGUGGAGGCACCGGCGGAGGCUGAGAAGGUGGAGGCAGAGGCCUGAAGUAGUGGCUGUAUGGUGAUCUAAUGCAAUACAUCUCACUACUGCACAAAUAGAGCUUAAUGUUCAGUCAGAAUAGUCUAGUCAUAGUUGGCUUUGGGAUCGGAGUCUCUGUUACUUUGCACACUGUAUGUCCAGCUGUAUGCACAUGACUCUCUACAAUGUAUUUAAGGCUGUCUAUCUUGUAUUCAAGUCCCUACUUGCUAGAGCACCUCUGAUGCUCUUCCUGGUGAGGUUUGAGUGGGAAUAGCAAUCUCUCUGAUGCAGGCCCUAAGCUUUAUGGCCUUAAUGUCUCCUCCAAGGGAAUGGGAACAGAUCUCCAAUCCCUUUAUUUGGGAGACUUCUAUCUCUGAUCUUUCAAAGUCCUGGUAGGGCUUCCU